CAAAGUUGAGAGGUGAAAGAGUUUGAAAGAUGGCGGCCGCCGAGAUGAGGUGUUGGCAGUAGUGCCGGUCCAGCUAUCCCGAGUAGUUGUGAUUGAAACAGAGGAAUGCGGCUCUCUUUGCUGUCGUAGGAAGCGUUCAACCCUCCGUCCUCGACUAGUUGAAGCGUGCUGUUUGCGCUUGUGAUGGCGGUGCUCUACGAGCUGGUGCUGCGGUUGCUUCAUGCUCUGUUACAGCUCCAGCGGGCAGUGCUUUCGUGGUUUCGGCGCAGAGUUGGGAAUAGCAGUAACAGUACCACUAGCAGUGGCGGCUGGAGACCUUGGAAUCGCGCAGUGGCUGCGUUUCUUCUGUUGUUACCUUUACCUUUCAGUCCGGGACCUCACAAGCAUACUGCCACUCAUAAAAAGUUGCCAACAGGAAUUAACAGGACAAGGGCCCGUUUUCGAGUGGUUGGAAAGCCUGUGGAGAAGCUGCCCCUCCACGUUGGACUUCUUGUUGCCGGAGAAGAGCCUCGGUACAACGAUAUCGCUAACCUGGUAGUGUGGUGUAUGGCGGUGGGCAUUUCGUACGUUAGUGUUUAUGAUAAUCAAGGCAUCUUUAGAAGAAACAAUUCCAGGUUAAUGGAGGAAAUCCUGAAACAGCAACAAGAGCUCCUCGGCCUUGACUGUUCAAAAUAUUCUGUUGAAUUUCUAAAUAGCAACAUUGACAAUACAGAUCAGCAAGUUUUGUCAUGUAAAGCAACAGUUAAUAUUUUGUCACCAAGUGAUGGAAAGUCCAGCAUAGUGAAAGCAGCUCAGAAGUUUUGCCAGUUAGUACAACAGCAACAGAAGAGGCCUUGUGAUAUAGACGUUAAUAUGCUGGACAGCUUUCUUCAAGGUCCAAAGGGUUUUCCAGAUCCUGACUUAGUUCUGAAGUUUGGACCUAUAGAGAGCACGUUAGGAUUCCUUCCAUGGCACAUCAGGUUGACUGAAUUCAUUUCUUUACCUACUCAUGUAAACAUCACUUAUGAAGAUUUUUUCAGCGCACUUGAAAGAUUUGCUGCCUGUGAACAACGACUGGGAAAAUGAUUACAAUUAUUGGAUUGAACUUGAAUGUACUGAAGCUGCAGAAAUAAACAAAAAUCUGUUCCUUGAUAUUUGCAAGCACCCAAGGGCAAACAGUGGACAAAAGCCAAACUGGCUUUUUUUGUCAGGGACUACAGUUGUCUCAUUGCCUCUCUAUGUUUGUCGUUAAUUGCCUAAUGUGAUGUGUAUGAGAGCCAAGUCUGGUUUUUCAAGGUAAGCAAAGCUGCCUGGUUGCUGCUCAUCAUUUUGUAAUAUUUGAAUGACUCAAUCAGAUGAAUUAGCACUGAAUUAUCAUAGCUUUCUCCUCUUUACUUUUACAGAGGGUGGUUCAACAGUUUUGGAAUAAAAUCAAUGCCAUUGCAAUUCUAAUUGAGAUUUAUUUAUCCACAAUAUUUUCCAUGUGAAUUUCGGUAACUUCAAUUUUUUUUAUUCUUUUUUAAUUUUGGUAGUUUUUAAACAUGUUCUGAAUUUUAACACAUUUUCUUGCAUUACUGGUGUACCAUUGCCAGCACCAGGCCUCAGAUGUCCAAAGCUAUUAUUUUAAUCAGUGAGAGUAAAAUUGAUGAUGAGAGUAUAUUUAUAAUUUUCUUUUUAUUUUAAGUUGUAAAGUUCACCAUGUUAGAAACCUGGUUACGUUGUAUUCAGUUAUAGAUCAAAUGUUGAUAUUGGCAGGUUGGGCUUAUUCAGGAGCUAAAGCAAAAGUUAAUGCAGUUCCUUUGAAAGAUCAGUUCUAAAAUGUUAAUGCAGUCAGCCCUAUGGUUUUGGGGAAGUUAAAUUGGACUGUUAAAGAAUAUGAUUAUUUUUAAGCAUGAGUGAGCUAUGAAAGUGGUCUGUUCAAUCCAGCAGUCAGUAAAUGCAGAAUUCAGAAGAUGCAUAUGUCGGCACACUUCCACAUGAAGUUUUUUGUGGCUUGAUGUUCGCUUAAUGUUGUGGAUGGUAUUAUGUAAAUGACAGAAGACAGUUUUCUAUUAAAUGGAUCUUCUCUGAAUUCA